UGCUGCCACCCUAACUUGCCUGAAGUUUUGGUCCUGUCUAAAACCCUUGCUCAUCUGUGCCCUGCAUUCAUGUUUUUAAUCCUUUCAAAUGUCCUUGGAGUGAAAUUAGCACCCUUUCUGAAGUUUGUAACUUGAGUGUUUUACAUUCCAUAUCUAUUUGCUCAUUCAUUCAUUCAGUGUCAGAGGGAUUCCCAUCGGGGUGCCAGGCAUUGUGCUAGACGCUGGGACAGUGACACCCAGAACGUGUCCUUCUGGGGCUACUGGCCAGAUGUGGGCACGGCUUUGUGUGCAAGUGGUGGGUGAGCCAGUUACAGCGAAUCUCAGAAAAUCUGCCUUCCUAGAAUGCUGUUGGCACUCCGAGCAGGGCCUUCACCGACUGGAGCAGGGGUCGGGAGGAGAGCUUCCUGGAGGAAGUGGCAGUGGGUGCUAAGGACUCAGCGGUGCAGGGUGGGAUGAGCUGCAGCUUCUUGUAGUGGAGAAACUGAAAGUAGUUAUGACAGCUUGGAGCUGGGCCAGCGGGACCUCGAGCGCACUGACCGGGGCCCAGGUUGGUGGGGAGGUGUGUGUGUGGCCAGGAGGGAGGCCAGAGAUCUUGAUGUUAUUUUGGGAUUUUUGUUUGUUUGUUUGUUUGUUUUUUCACUGCGCUUGAGUGUGAGGAGGUGCAGACCAGCAUUUGUGUUCCUUUCUGAGCUUGCCUGUGCCUUUUUUGUAAGAAAACCCCAAAGGACAGAUUCCCCUAUCUUCUGUCACUGAUUGGCCCUUGGCAAAAGUGACAUCUCUCUGGAAAGAGACAAGUACGUUCCUGGGGAGGGGAGAUGUGGUUGGAGCUAUUGAAAGAGAACAGGCCUCAGACCUGAUGAAAGAUCUGGCCUUUAAACUUCACAAACAAACAGAAAAAGAAGGGAGGUAGUUCCUAGCCAGGGAGGGGCAUCACACCCUGGAGAGAAAAAAAAAAAAAAGAAACAAACAAACUUGUUUUGCAGGAUCCAGAGUAGAGUUCUUUGAACUGUGUCCUGGCCCAGAUCACUCAGGUGACCCAGGUAGAGCGAUCAUUGAAAGUGUAGAUCUGACCAUAUUCUGUCCCUACUGACCCUUAAUUUUUCUUUACUGAAAGACCCUGUGUGGGCUGGCCAUUGCUGUCUCUGGCCCCUUUUCAGGGCCAUGCAUCCUAGGUUCCCUUCUGCCUCAGGGCCUUUGCAUGUACUGUUCACCAGGACUGAAAGCUCCUCUUCCCUCACCUUCAAGUGAACUCCCAGCUCUUCCUGCAAAUAUCAGAUUCCUUGCAUCACAUUUACAACCCUAUUCAGCCUUCCCGUUCUAAAUUUUCAGAACCCCCUCUGUACUUAUUUUUUCUUCUUGGUGCUUUUAUCUUGACUUUUAAUUGUGUGAUUAUUUGGUAAUGUGUUUGUCACUGUGAAUAGAUCCUAAGUGAUGUGGUUAUUGACUGGCUGAAUGAACUAGAAAAAACCGAGAUGAUUAACUGCUAGAAGACCAGUAGUAGUGAAAUUGUAGCCUGACCACUUCUUGACAGCUGGGUGGAGGGAAUUGGCGAUUUUUCACAUAGGGCAUUUCCAGGGCUCUCAGAGAUGUGCAUAGGAAUAGAUUUUUAGUGAUAUAGAAGGAGCCCCAAGUAAGUUACAAGGAGCCCAAAUCCACAUCUGUUUGAAUGAGAGUGUAAUUUAUGUACCGGAAAACCAAAACCAUUACCUGAGUCUUCCUGGGGAAAUAGGCCAUUUCUCGACGAGAGGAGGCUGGAGGGGGUGGUGGGCGAGAGUCCUCUGAGUUCACAUUUCAGGCCCUACUGCGUGACCUUGGACAUGACUUUACCUCACUCUCCAUUUCCUUGUCCACAGCGCGGGCCUAGAAGCCCCCCCUCACAGGGCGACACUGAGGACUUCACAUGGGCUCCGGUGUCUGAGGACCAGCAGGCAGAGGAAUCUUGUAAAUGCAAUGGCUGGAAAAACCCCAAUCCUUCGCCCACUCCCCCCAGAGCCGACCUGCAGCAGAUCAUCGUCAGCCUGACGGAGUCCUGCCGGAGCUGCAGCCACGCCCUCGCUGCUCAUGUGUCGCACCUGGAGAAUGUGUCGGAGGAGGAGAUGAACAGGCUGCUGGGGAUCGUCUUGGAUGUGGAGUAUCUCUUCACCUGCGUCCACAGGGAAGAGGAUGCUGACACCAAGCAGGUUUAUUUCUACCUGUUCAAGCUCUUGAGGAAGUCUAUUUUACAAAGAGGAAAACCGGUGGUUGAAGGCUCUUUGGAGAAGAAGCCCCCUUUUGAAAAACCUAGUAUUGAACAGGGUGUGAAUAACUUUGUACAGUACAAAUUCAGUCACCUGCCACCCAAAGAAAGGCAAACGAUCGUUGAACUGGCAAAAAUGUUCCUGAACCGCAUCAACUAUUGGCAUCUGGAGGCACCAUCUCAGCGAAGACUGCGCUCUCCCAACGACGACAUCUCUGGGUACAAGGAGAACUACACCAGGUGGCUGUGUUACUGCAACGUGCCCCAGUUCUGCGACAGCCUGCCGCGGUACGAGACGGCCCAGGUGUUCGGGAGGACGCUGCUGCGCUCCGUCUUCACUGUUAUGCGGCGGCAGCUGCUGGAGCAGGCGAGGCAGGAGAAGGACAAACUCCCGCUGGAGAAGCGGACUCUGAUCCUCACGCACUUCCCGAAGUUUCUGUCCAUGUUAGAAGAAGAAGUUUAUAGUCAAAACUCUCCCAUCUGGGAUCAGGAUUUUCUCUCAGCUUCUUCCAGAACCAGCCAGCUUGGAAUCCAAACAGUUAUCAGUCCACCUCCUGUGGCCGGGACAGUGUCCUACAAUUCCAGCUCCACUUCCCUUGAGCAGCAGAAUGGAGGGAGCACCAGCCCAUCCUGUCGAGGCGUGUCCGGGCUUGAGACAAACCCAGGAGAAAAGAGGAAAAUGAACGACUCUCAUAUUUUGGAGGAGACCAAGAAGCCCCGGGUGAUGGGCGAUAUCCCACUGGAGUUAAUCCACGAGGUCAUGUCCACCAUCACAGACCCCGCGGCAAUGCUUGGGCCAGAGACCAACUUUCUGUCGGCGCACUCGGCCAGGGACGAGGCGGCCAGGCUGGAGGAGCGGCGGGGUGUGAUCGAGUUCCACGUGGUGGGCAACUCCCUGAGCCAGAAGCCCAACAAGAAGGUGCUCAUGUGGCUGGUGGGGCUGCAGAACGUGUUUUCACACCAGCUGCCGCGCAUGCCCAAAGAGUACAUCACGCGGCUCGUCUUCGACCCGAAACACAAAACCCUUGCUUUAAUCAAAGACGGCCGUGUCAUUGGCGGUAUCUGCUUCCGGAUGUUCCCGUCCCAGGGCUUCACAGAGAUCGUUUUCUGCGCCGUAACCUCUAACGAGCAAGUCAAGGGCUAUGGAACACACCUGAUGAACCACCUGAAGGAAUACCACAUAAAACAUGACAUCCUGAACUUCCUCACCUAUGCAGAUGAAUAUGCAAUUGGAUAUUUCAAGAAGCAGGGUUUCUCCAAAGAAAUUAAAAUACCUAAAACCAAAUAUGUUGGCUACAUCAAGGAUUAUGAAGGCGCCACUUUAAUGGGAUGUGAGCUAAAUCCACGGAUCCCAUACACCGAGUUCUCUGUCAUCAUUAAGAAGCAGAAGGAGAUCAUUAAAAAGCUGAUAGAAAGAAAACAAGCCCAGAUUCGGAAAGUCUACCCUGGACUUUCCUGUUUUAAAGAUGGAGUUCGGCAGAUCCCGAUAGAAAGCAUUCCUGGAAUUCGAGAGACAGGCUGGAAACCGAGCGGAAGAGAGAAGAGCAGGGAGGCCCGGGACCCCGAGCAGCUGUACAGCACGCUCAGGAGCAUCCUGCAGCAGGUGAAGAGCCAUCAAAGCGCUUGGCCCUUCAUGGAACCCGUGAAGAGAACAGAAGCUCCGGGAUAUUAUGAAGUUAUAAGGUUCCCCAUGGUUCUCUCUACAACACCAAAGCAACUGGGGAUUUAGAGAAGCAAACUCAUCCUGAUUGUUUAAGUAAUGAAAUAAUUCAAUGCAAAUGUUCCGCCCGCUGCACUCCAUGUAGGUGGAGCCCAUUCUCUAUACUUCUGAGUGAUCAGCUCACAGUACUUAGUUUAUCGUACUUACCGCUGCUGAUCUACUUAGCUUCCUCACACUGAAUAGGGGAUUGCACCAGAUGACCACUCAUGGUCCCUUCAGUGUUAAAACACUGAUUUUGCACAGGAUACCCUCACAGAAGAACACAAGCCUCAAGAACUGUUUUCCUUGAUCAUAUGAAUUUUCUCUUAAACAAACUAUUGAGGUGGUGAAAAUGUGGGCAGACUGAUGACACAUUUCUUUGCCAGUCUCACUUUUGUCAGCAAGUGUUUGAAAGGAGUCAAAAAUUGCUAAUUUUUUUUUCCCUGUGUAGAUCUGAAAACCAUGAGUGAACGCCUCAAGAAUAGGUACUACGUGUCUAAGAAAUUGUUCAUGGCAGACUUGCAGCGAGUCUUUACCAAUUGCAAAGAGUACAACCCCCCUGAGAGUGAAUACUACAAAUGUGCCAAUAUCCUGGAGAAAUUCUUCUUCAGUAAAAUUAAGGAAGCUGGAUUAAUUGACAAGUGAUAUUUUUUUCCUCUGCUUCUUAGAAACUCAUCAAACAGUGUGCCUAAAGCAUGGUUUAGUUUUACAAAGAAUUGGACAUAAUGUAUUGAAGAUACUUGUAACAAUUAGCACUUUUGAAAAACAAAAAACCUCCUCUUAGCUUUUCAGAUGUGUAUUUAAAUUGAAGUCAUAGAACAUUUUUAUUUUAUGGAAUAGAUUUUAAUCUAUUUACUAUUAUUAAUGUCAAUUUUCUAUGGCAUGUCCAUUAGCUGAAUAUUGAGUACUAGAUGAUCAGGGGUUUCCUCACAGCUUGUACAUGAGGAAAGUGCACACAGUACCACGACUUGGGGGAUGCAGAAAGUUUUCAGACCGCGAAUGUUUCCAUUUUUUUCUAAUGGAAUGUGAGAGUUUAUUUUUAUUUUAUUCUGAAGGACUUUAAAGGAAGGGAUACAUGAUAAAAAGCCCAUAAAAGGUGAAACAUGAUGUUUGAAGUCUCAUGGUAGACUUUUUAUAUAUAUUUUUAAAAAACACUCAUCUAGAUGAGGUGCUUUGAGCAGUUCUGAAAAAUGCAGUUCCAGAAAAGCAACUGCUUUGAUUUCUAAAGAAGAAAUUCUAAACAAUGCAGACUUUUUUUUUUAUAAGCGUCUGGGUUUUUGAUAAUUCUGUCUACCUAUAACAAACUUGUGAGUGCAUAACCACUAUUUUAAUAAUUAUUUUCUCUACAUGAGUCUGUAAUACUAUAUUUGACUUUGCUUAUGCAGGCCAUAAGUUCCAAAAGGCAAUUUCUUGGGCCACAAAGGCAUCCAUUUGAAAACACUUGAGAUUGAAUUAACAUGCUUUAAUUUAAAAAGAUGUAUAAUCUAUAUUAUGGAUCAAAUUUAGUGAAUCCUUUGCUUUUUUUAACAAAUAAAGAUUUUUCCCCUUUUCUACAAUAUACUCAGCCCAACUGAUAAUGUGUUUAUGGACACUUGUCCUUUGGCGUCUCCAGAUUAUAUUCAUGUUUGGAGAUGAAUUCAGUUACCACCAAGAUCUUCUGUCAGUAUUUUAACACCUGCUUUGGUACAGGGUAAUAAUAUCCCACUAAAAUCCGUCAUAAAACCUUGUUAACCUGUCUUGGGAUUCCAGCUUCUUGCUGGGAUUUAUUUCCUGAUUAACACUACACUGAAAAGUGGGACGUCUGCAACCCCAGCUCUGGGAGAACCAACUCAUAAAGCAAACGGUGGCCAUCUUGAUGGUCUCGACACUAAUUUUUAUGAUACAAAUUUAUAAACUGCUUUUUGUAAAGGACUAGGUUUUAAAAGUGUCUGUAACUCAGUGCUUUCUAUCAGCAUAAACUAACUGAAAUGAUCAUUUGAUAACCAUUAGAUACAGUUGCCAGAGAGUGCGUGAAGGAAAAAGCCCUGCAGAUAGCUGUGGAGUUGGAAGGAUGGUUUUUAAUGUUUAAGAUACACUCAGAAUGCUCACAACUGAGAAAUGCCUCAACUUUUUAAAGAAACCACCUUGAGUGGCAUCUAGAUUUCUAAUGAAGAAGAAUGAUAGAGUUUGGAUUAAGUAUCUUGGACUGGUAUUAAACAGUGCUUUGUCCUGGAUCUGCUGAAGCACCUGACCAGCACGGUGUCCUGUGAAAUGUUUGUUAUUUUCUGGGUAGACAUUCUUAUAGAAUAUUGUCUUUAAAAUCAGAUUGUCUCUUCUAUAUUGAAAGCAUUUUUAUGUUUUCUAAUUUAAAAAUUAAUAUUUUCUUAUAGAUACUGUGCAAUAAAGCUGAAGUAGGAUGUGUGGUUUUUGCAAAUGCUUUAACAGCGGAUAAAAUUUUACAUUUGUAAAAUUAAUAUAUUGUACUGGUACAAAAUAGUUUUAAAUUAUAUUUUAAAAAGCUC